GCAGCAGCUUUGAAUACCUGGAGUUGCAGUGUCUUUGAAUCCAACCAUUUUUGACUCCAUUGACGUUAAGAUUUUCGGCUACUUAUAGAGCCCGCUGGGUGUUACAUGUUCAUCACUCAUCGAUUGCAUCAGUCUCAGCACGGAGAUACAGAUAUAUACCGAGUAGAUUGCAGGUUCAGCGACCAGUGUUUUUGAAGGAGGCAUCUGAUUUUGGGACCUCUGCGGAUCUGUGUAUAAAGGAGUGCCAACAUGGUGAACGCUAGAAGCGACGGACCUAUGCCCAAUACUGCACCUGGAGGUGCUCAUCCAUUCGGAAGCACUGUUAUCAGCAGGAGGUUUGCUUUCAUGACGCCAAAGAUGGCACCAAUCUAUCCAUUAUUCGGCAUCAUGACCAUCGCCUUUGGCUUAGCCGGAGUGACAAUAGGGCGACAGAUGACUGUAUCACCAGACGUUCUCAUUGACAAGCACAAGCGCAAGAAUGUUCCAGACAUUGAACAACCAGAGCUUAUGUUGCACCAAUCGGAGCAGUUUAUGACAAAUAGUCCCCUCCGCAGACUCGCCAAGGAGCAUAAGAAGGGCAUGUUCUUUUCCGAUAUUGUGGAGCAACCUACUACUCCUGCUUUUCCAAGGGAGAGUAACCAUUACAAAUCAGAGAAGAGUGUGAUAGCCGCCAGCCUUUGAAGUAACGGCGAUUCACAGUUCCGACUGUAUCAAGAUAAUGACGAGAAGGUAGACGAUAUGCCACUGCAACAACUCUUAGCGACAUUGCGGUUGUAAACCGAACGAGAAAUAGUAUUAGAUUGAAGCACUUGUAACUGGUUGCAAGAAGUCCCGCACUACAUUGAAUCACAGCACGAAUACCACAUUUGCUGCACCGUAACUUGUUGCUCUUGGGAACAGGUUCAUACAGCACAUACUUGACAGUAGCGUCCAUAUGCAGCCUCACUGUAUAUGGUUCCAUCACUAUAUUAUAAUAUGUAGCCUAAUUGAUGUAGUUAUCAACCUCUUUGUACUGUCGAUGUGUGAACUGUUUCAUAACAUGUUCACUCAAGUGGCCAGGAAUGUGGAUUAAAAAA